GAAGGCGUGUACGACCACUCUCUGUCCAGACGCCAUCGCUGCUGCUGCUACCCUUGUGUGUGUGUGUAUGUGUCAGACAUCAUGAGGAUACUUGCAGUAGGAAUCCUCGUUGCCGUGGCAGGCGCUGGCCUGGCGCAGCAGCCGACGCAACAACCAGACCCCUGCGACACGAAGCAUCGCGUGGUCGCAGACAUCACCUACUGCGACCGCUACUGGGAGUGCGUCGCGAACGCCCCUCAGCUCUACGACUGCCCCAACGGGCUGGUCUUCGUGGGCAGGAAUCGAGGCAUCACAGAGGGGUGCGACUACCCCUGGCGCGGAGCUUAUUGUGAAAAUAAGCAACUAGCUAACCCGCCUAUAAAGACCGAACACUGUGACUGGAAGUACGGUAUCUUCGGCCACGAAACGUCCUGUACCCGCUACUGGACCUGCUGGAACAGUACAGCCACCGAGCAGUUCUGUAUCGGAGGCCUCCUGUACAACGAGGACUCUCACGCCUGUGAUUGGCCCCAGAACGUCAGAGGCUGCCAGAAGCAUCCUCUGUGCAAGGAAGACCCCAACGCCAACGUGCCACUAGGAAAAUCAUGUGAGCGAUACUGGGCCUGCCAGGGAGGCUAUCCCCGUCUCCAGCGCUGCCCCGCAACCCUCGUCUUCGACAAGCAGUCCCGUCGCUGCGUCAACCCACCCACCGUCGACUGCGAAGUCCUCACUACCACACCAUCACCCGAAGAGGAACGACUGGCCCCUCGCUCAGGUCCUCCUGUGCCUCGUCCACAGCGCCGUCGGCCAACACUCCAACAGACCGAGCCUGUCCAAGACGAAGCUCAAUUCGUCUCCGAUAAUGACCUGCAGAAUUCCCCACCGUCUCGCCCCGUAUUGCCUGCGGGAGGCAAUUUCAGACCCGCUCCAAUCCCUGGUGCUAUUCCCCUGAACUAGACGACUUCGCAGGGCCGCCCGAGGGCCGCCCGCCAUGACCUGAGCACACGCAAACUCUCGCUCUUUUCCUCCGGGUACAAACUUUACUCUCCCAAAGAUUGCCCGUCUCGAACGGCGUGGCCAAGAACCGCGGCCAAGAGCCGUGGCCAAGGACCGUGGCCAUUGACCGUGGCCAAGAGCCGUGGCCCGCACAGGGGACAGCAAGACGUGACAGGCAGCCACACCCCGGGGCACUGUACAUACCCCCCCUCACACAAAGUAUUAUGCCCAGCGCAUUCCUCGACCUUAGGUUUAGUUGUUAUUACUCUGUUUGUAAAUAAAUUAUGUUAAAUA